AUGCCCGCGGCAGACGCUCCGGGCUCCCGCUUCGACAUGCAGUUGCUGGGCAAGCUGACGCUGUCCGUGGCCACAGUAUUAUUCAUCUCCUGGGCGUAUCGCUUCUACAGUUCCCGGGGUCGGCGGCAGGGUCAGCCUCAGCAGAACGGCGCAGCCAUCAGCAAAUCAUCAUCAUCAUCAUCGUCCUCAUCUUCAUCAUCGCCAUCCUUAUCAUCAUCACCUUCUUCCUCCUCGUCACCCCCACUGCCGCCACCACUACCACCAUCAUCAUCAUUAUCAUCAUUAUCGGCUGCUGCCUCUCCGUCAUCGUUGUCCAAUAACUAUGCCUCGGGCUCAGCUCCAAAGAGAUGCAGCAGCUGUAAGGUGGAGCUUCGCCCCCGCGGUAAGCCGAAACCACCGACACCAGAGGCUAGUGGACCAGGAGAAAGCAGCCCGGCGGCCCGGCAGGUGAUGAAAAUCUCUGCGAGGUCGCCGCCAGCUCCCGAGGACGAGAGUGAGAGUGACGCACGUGGCAGAACGGGGGAAAACCUUAGCAAGGGCGAGGUCCCAGACUUUGCUUCGGCUCGGCAGAUCAUGAGUGCCAUGUUCGAGGAGAAGAGCCAUGGGGGCAGAGGAGGAGGGACAGAGCAAGGCUCAGCCAUGGGCAAAGUGGACAGGAAGGAGAAGGCUAAUGAGUUGGCGGUGACCCUGUCACCUUCAUCUGUGGCUAAGAGUGACUCGGCCAGCCCUACCAGACGCCUGUCUCCGUGCCCAGCCAGCCCAACUGGCAGACUGCCCGACUGGAGGACUAUCUACCUCUCCAGCGAGCUGCGCUGGUCAUCUCUCCCCCCCUCCAACCAGUCCAACUCUACACUUAUCCCCAUGCCCACCCAGCCCAACUGGUUGUCCCUCUCCGUCUCCAACCAGUCUGACUGCCCCACAGGGAGGCGCUCCCCAUGCCUGUUGAAGAAGUUGGACGGGGCUGUGGAGGUGGGCAGGGAGCUCAUCCAGGACCUGAACCACCAGGGCAACUUCUCCACCUUCCAGUCCAAGGCCGAGGUCAAAGUGGAGGAGGCCGACCUCGUCCUGGAGGGCCCUGGAGACAACGAGAAGAAGAAGAGAAAACACACAGAGGUGCGUGGCAAGAUUUACGACUACUACGUGGAGUCUUCGUCCCACUCCAUCUCCGAGGUGACGUCUCCUACCAGCCCCACAAGUAUACACUUCAGGAGUGUUGGGCGGCUGCAGCCGCACCCUUUAACGCUCCUCACCACACAAAGGAGCUCGAGUAGCAAUGCCGCCAAUGAGUUCCCUCGGGCACCCAGCCCAGCCAGCCCCCCACUGAUCAUACGAGACUUGGUGUUCACCCAGGGGCCCCUGGAUACAUGCCAGUCCCCCACCAGCCCCAAUGAAUCUCCACAAGGCCACCCUCUGAGGGGUCCGCUACGCAAGGACAGCUAUCUCAUGGCUGCUGGUAACUCUGACUUCCCGCCUCCCGGCCUGCUGUUGGAGGCGUCUGAUCAGCCAUGCAGCCUCUCUCCCGCCCCACCCUCCAUAGAUGCUCCCCCUCCCUCUUCCCCCAGACCUCUGAGCCCGAAGGCCCCUGUCGAUGACGCGCCAGCGCCCGAGGAGGAGGAGUCGGAGCUGGACGAGCCGAGCUUGGAGACAGUGGCCCGGGCCAAAUUCGUGCACAUCCCCUUGGAGAGCAUGGCCGGCUCUGAUUGGGAGAGCCUGACGGGCCGGCUGAAUUUAGGCAACUGCCUGGAGGCCCUGAGCUUGGCCAAGAAGCACAGCUACAGGGCCCUGCAGCAGGCAGCCCUGCGCGUCAUGUCUGACAACUACCUCCAGGUCCUGCGUGACCCAGGCCUGUACGGCAGGUUGAGGGCAGGCGAGCGGGAGCAGAUCCAGCGCAUGCGGAUGAAAGGCAGACAGUACCUGAUGGCUGCCGACAUGGAGUCGCCGGAGUGGUCUAGGCGGACGCCCACCACCUCGGCGCCGGCGAAGGACGCCAAGGAUGCAAAGGACAGCCCACGCACGUCCAGCGGGCUGUAUUACUACGACGACUACAAAGACACAUGGCACCACCAGUGCGACAUCCCGCCAGAGGUCAUCUCUGUGGGCUCGGCCAUGUGCACCAUGGACAACUAUCUGUUUGUGGCGGUCGGCUGCCAGGGCUCCGCUGACCACACCAUCGCGCCGUCCAAGAGAGUGUUCUGCUUCAACCCCGUGACCGCCAUUUGGAGCGAAAUACGCCCCAUGAACGAGGCCAGGCCCCACUGCAAGCUGGUGGCUUUGCAGGGCUACGUCUAUGCCGUUGGCGGCGAGUGCCUGUCGACCGUGGAGCGUUACGACCCGCGUGCUGACAGGUGGACAUUUGUGGCUCCGCUGCCCAAUGACACGUUCGCCGUGGCCCACCGAGCCACGGCGUGUAACGGAGAGCUCUUUGUCUCGGGAGGCACCUUGAGGUACACGUUGUUACGCUACAACCCACAGACAAACGCGUGGCGACAGAGCCUCAUCGUAGGCACCAAAGAGAGGACCACAGAGAUGGUGUCGGUCAGGAGCUUCCUGUACCGGUUCGACGUCAACCCCACGUUUGGCAUCAACGUGUACCGCUACCACGCCGUGGCGCGGCUCUGGUACGAGUGCUGUGCUAAGCGCCUGCCUCACUGCCCGGCCUUCCAGUGCAUCGCAAUGGGCGACGUUAUCUACUGCGUGAGUCGGCAGUUCACAAUGAGGUUCCUUGCUGACGAAGUCUCGCCGAGUUUCGUAGCGGAGGACCUGCGUGUUCUCGGCACGGCCAAAGGUAUCCUGUUCCCUUUUGUUCUGGCCCUGCCCGAUAAGACCACCCUUCAAACUAGCGUUUGA